UAAAAAAUUGACCUUUGUUUACAAUUUGAAGGACCCGGUUACUCCGCCAUAGCUGAUAGGUAGACGAAAUUGUAUGUUCCGCACAAUCUGACGCAGUUGCUACUUCGUCCAUGAGAGGUUCGAAGCCUUCAACUUCAACCUCUGCCUGUGCCAUUCUUAGAGACGCAUAUCACAAUUGCUUCCACAGGUGGUACACGGAGAAAUUCGUCAAGGGUCAAUAUGACAAAGAAGAAUGUGUCUCCGAAUGGCAAAAAUACAGAGCUUGUCUUUCUGAACAUUUGGAAGAUAAAAAAAUGAUUCGUAUAUUGGAAGGUGAAAACGUUGUUGUUCAAGACAGUGCUGUUGCUUCUCAGUGACUUUGAACAUAAUAAGCAGCAUAUCACAUGUUUGCUGUAAUGACAGUGAUCAAUUUAGUAGCUUUCAUUGUCAAAAAAAAAAUUAGUAGCUUUCAUUGUCUAGCUAUUUAUUAUUGUUCCUUCAUAUUUUCCAUAAUUUGUAGUAACAUUGAGUUGUUUAAAUUAUAGAAUCAUAGAAUCUUAAGGUGAACCUUGAUAAAGACUAUAGAGUAUUUUACUGUGACAUGAAUAGUUUUAAGAAUGGAACUAAGGUUGUGGACAGAGUUUAAUGUCCAUGCCUAAUUUUUAAUCAAGAUUGAGUCACUUACUCAUUGACAACAAUUGUUAUGUUGCAUAUUUGUGCAUGAUUUUGUGGUUACCUUUUAGUUCAAUUUCUGAUAUUAAUCCCAUAAGUACAGUCAUCAAAACAGUAAUGUGUGGAUAUAACGUGAGCUGUUUUUGAAUGUUCUUUUGUUCUUUGGGGAUAUAAAUAGUUUUAUUACAAGGAAAUGGGGAAAUGCAAUUAGGGGAAGCAAAGAUUUUCUAGUCAAAGAGAAACAAAAAAUGAAGGAUCCGUUUGGAUUUACUUAUUUGUGAGUUCAUGAAAAAGAGCUUAUGCAAAUAAAUAAAUGUUUAUGCUAAUCUAACGAAUUUAUAAUAAUACAUUUUUAGAAAUCAAGGACAUAGCUAUACGAUCGAUCCUAUAGAACAAAUCACGUUUAAGUGGUCAUAACUUAUAAUAAUACAUAAAAGCUUAUGUAUAUUUGCAUAAACUCAAAAAAAUUUAUCCAAAUUGACCCUAAGUAAAGUUCAAUAAUGGAGAAAAGUCAGAAAUCGCAGUUCAUUUGAAAACAGCCCUGCACCCUCAAAGUUGUGGCAUUUUGCUCCAAACAAAUGCAAUAAAUCUAUACACUUGACACAUAGAAAACAGAUUUUGAGCACUGUAGGUUGCAUUCGUUCAUGCCAGGUAGGAUGUAAAUUGGCGGGCCAGCUUCUUCUAUUUUGACUGUUUUUUUUUCCUGUUAAUUUUUUUUAUGCGCUGUGUCUAGAGGAAGCUAUUGUCCAUAGACUGGUGGCUGCUAGAGUUGCUACUCAGAAAAUCCAAUGAAUCUGGUCGAAUUGCGUCGUUUUGUUCUUGAUUCGUCCAAUAGCUUCAUCUGGUGUAGUUUCAUCUGGUGCAGGUCGAUUUCCAUGUUUGCUGUUACUGAUUCUUCAAGUAAUUUCUUCUCGUGUAGGUUAUAUCUGGGUUUGGUUCUAUCUCAUGUAGGUUUAAUUAUUUUCCUCCUAAACAGAGUUGCUUGGAUUUUGAAUUUCGAUUUCUGUAAUAUUUUUAAUAGAUUUAUGUUAGUAUCUACCUGCCUAAAAAUUGAGGUUGAAAAAUAUUGAGAAUGCAAAAAUUGAUAUCAACAAAAUAUAUCUUGUAUUAGAUAGAAUCGUUCUUAACCAGAAGGGGAAGGUCGGUGUCAAGUUUGAUGAUGUUGCUGAUAUAAUGCCCGGUAAAGAAAACGUUCGUCAAAAUAGCUCUCUUGAGAUGGUUUUAGUUGAUGAGAAGGGUGUUGAGGCUUUCAAAAGAGAAUGUUUUUGUUUCAGCUGCAUCUGGUGCAGUUGGUCAAUCUAUCGGGCAAUUCACUAAACUGACUGGAUGUUAUGUUAUUGGAAGUGCUGGAAGCAAAAAUAAGAAUGAUGUUGGUAGCACUGUUAAGAGGAAUUGAUCCAAAGUUUUUGAUGGAGUUGCUAAGCUUCAAGGCAAUAAGCGUUUGAAACAAGUGAAGAUUGAAAAGGAGUGAUUUUUGUAUCUGUUUUCUAAUAAUGGUGUGAAGUAUAUUGUAUUUAGUUAUGGAGUUGGUGCAACAUAUUUCGUCUUAAGACGCGUCGUUGUUACAUGUCUGAUUAGGCUUACAAUCAAGGAGGCGAGCGGGCCUUGGCAGAAGCAAUCAUUGCCAAAGAAAUGGAAUUGGUGGCUGAAGUUUCUAAGAGAUAUAGGGCGAAGCAACGGUUGAAGCAAGGGUUGGAGGAGGCUGAGGUCACGGAUGACAAAAUACCGAAUUGAUCUUUGCAGAUGUACUUUACACUGUAGACCCGUCUGCUUUCCUUAAUUCGUUUUUAGAUGUCCCAUAUAUAGGACUGUUGAUCCAAUGCUUUGUAUAGCAUGCAUACAGUUUGUUUGUGUGCAAAUCCAGUUGGUUUUAAGUGGUUAUGGUUGGUGGUCUUUUUCACUCGGUUGAUUGCUUGUAGAAAUGUUUUUUUUUUUCAUUGUUGCUGUCAUGGAGUUGGUUUGGGGCUACUUUAGCUUCAGAUUGUAUUUAGUUACCACAAUUAGCCCCAAUGCACACGACUAACUGAAAAAAGGAAAAAUACAUAAGAACAAAGCUUGGAUGUAUCUCAGUUUCUAUAUCAUAUAAUGCUUGAGGCCUUGAGGACCUAAUUAUUUAUUUUAUAAA